AUGACCUUCUUCUCAAAUGAUCCCAGUUGGUGGCUGACAAUCAAUUUCAAUUUAUUACACAGCUAUUGGAUAGUUGCCGCCGGCGUCAUGGUGGUACACGAUUGGGUCUUAACACUCGGACAAGAGAUUGAACUCAUCUGGAGACAACGCUGGCUGGUCUCUCAUGACCGUACUCUAUUUGAUUGCAUUAUUGCGUACUACGUAUUAAAUGGCACAAUUGUGGCCUUGACUGUCAUGUUGGGUGUCAUCAUGAUUGCUCGGUUGCAUGCCAUGUAUCAGGGAUCUAGAACGAUGCUUAUGUUCCUUAUUAUCAUUUUCCUGGCUGUAAACAUCGCCUGCGGAGUGAUCAUGGCGAUAAUACUGAAGGAUACUGUAGGGGAGGAGCUGAUACUCUCUGGCAUUUAUAUGUGCAGUUCUGAAUUGGAAGGCAAAUACCUGCUCCUCGGAUCGAUGGUUUGGAUGCUCAACACUGUUUGGGAGGUCCUCGCACUGUGUCUUUCAGUUUGGGUUGCUGUAAAACACUUCCGUGAGCUGCGACGACUCGGCCCAUCGACAGGAUCUACCAUCGGAGACUGUUUCAGGGUGCUGAUACAAUCUCAUGUUCUCUAUUUUGCAAGCUUUGUUGGUGUCUCUUGCGUCCAGCUUGCUUUUCUUUUCCCAGAACUUCCGAAUUCGGAUUCUAUUGGAGUUUCGAUACUCGGUGGUACUCUUCAAAUUUGUAUGGUCAUUCAGUUGUUUGUGCUGGGACCACGCCUCAUCCUUAGCGUUCGAGGAUACCACGCCAAACUCGUGGCAUACUCCGACGCAGAAACUAGCAUGAAUUUGCUUGUCUUCCAGGAGCAUGUACAUGUAUUGACUAGCAGUACUGUGUAG